AACUUGCUUGUCGACUCUUUCUUUUCUCUCCACACAAUUAUAUACAAAUCUAAUCCACUCUAUAUAUAUAUAACAUCUCCAUCUCAAACCCAUCUAAGUUGAAGAAGAGAAAGCAAGCAAGAACCAAAUAUACGAGAAUAUGCCUUCUUCUCUCCAACUCCAAAGAAUCUACAACACAACCACCGAAUACAAAUUCCAAAAAAAAUCGAGCAAUAAUAAUUUGUGCACAAUUGUUCCGCCUCCUCUAGGGCUGCCGCAAGGAAUCGAACCCUACCACACUCACAUGAUCAGCUCGAAUCAAAGCUGUUCCUCCGUGGUCCAAAAAGUUUCCGCGCCUAUAUCGACCGUUUGGUCAAUUAUUCGAACCUUCGACACCCCGCAAAUCUACAAGCACUUCAUCAAGAGCUGCCACGUCAUCCACGGGGACGGAUCCGUGGGGAGUCUACGUGAGGUCCACGUGAUCUCGGGGCUCCCCGCGGUUUCGAGCAUCGAGAGGCUAGAUAUUCUCGACGAUGAGUGUCACAUUAUGAGUUUUAGCGUGGUGGGGGGUGAUCACCGGUUGAAUAAUUACCGGUCGGUGACGACGCUGCACGCGACGGAGAGCGGGGAGGGGACGGUGGUGGUGGAGUCGUAUGUGGUGGAUGUGCCGGAGGGGAAUACUAAGGAGGAGACUUGCGGGUUUGCGAAUACGAUUGUGACGUGUAAUUUACAUUCGUUGGCGAAGAUUGCUGAAAACUUGACUCAUAAGUCAUAAGUAAUUCACAUGCAGACUUUUUUUUGUUCUUCGGUAGUUUUUGAUUUGUAUGAAUGAGUUUAUUUGUUCAAUGGUUAUAAUGUAAAUAUGUAGUUUUUUUCA